AUGAUUUGACUAGAUGUACCAACACCUUGAGGAAUACGUUUCCAAGAUGCCGCAACACCUAAUGCAGAAGGUAUACAUGAAUUAUAUGAUCAUAUAAUGUAUUACUUAGCAUUAAUAUUAGGGUUAGUUUCAUAUAUAUUAUAUGUUAUAAUAAAAGAUUAUAAAAAUAAUACAUUUGCUUAUAAAUAUAUUAAACAUGGACAAACUUUAGAAAUUAUAUGAACUAUAUUUCCAGCUGUAAUAUUAUUAUUAAUAGCUUUCCCUAGUUUCAUAUUAUUAUACUUAUGUGAUGAAGUAUUAACACCUGCUAUGACUGUAAAAGUAGUAGGAUUACAAUGAUAUUGAAAAUACGAAUACUCAGAUUUUGUAUCUGAAACUGGUGAAACAGUUGAGUAUGAAUCAUAUGUAAUACCUGAAGACAUGUUAGAAGAAGGACAAUUAAGAUUAUUAGAUACUGAUACUUCUAUAGUUGUUCCUGUAGAUACUCAUGUUAGAUUUAUAGUUACUGCUAAUGAUGUUUUACAUUGUUUCACAAUACCUUCAUUAGGUAUUAAAGUUGAUGCUUGUCCUGGUCGUUUAAACCAAGUUAGUGCUUUAAUACAAAGAACUGGAGUUUAUUAUGGUCAAUGUAGUGAGUUAUGUGGAGUUAAUCAUGGAUUAAUGCCUAUCAAACUAGAAUGUGUACCUAUUGGUGAUUUUGUAGAAUGAUUAGGAGAGCAAGAAAAUGUUUAUGUAGCUUAA